AAAAACAAAAGUGAAUCAAUUAUAAAUUUUGUAUCAAGAAAUUAAAAAAAACGGAUUAUUUUUUCGAAAUGGUAUUAAAAUUGAUUUUCUAAAAUUUGAAGUUUAUAAGGUGCAUUGUUGUCAUGAAAAGCGCAAUAUGACGACAACUAAAAUUAGUCUUGUAUGCACUUGUGUCGCAUAGAAUAAUUUACAUUUAUAUACAUAUAUGAAUACACGUGCAAAGUAAAGAUUCCUUAGUGAAACGUGGUCCAAAAAGCAAAAAUCAUUCGUUAAUAAAAAUAGAUCUUAAUUUUACUGAAAUAAUCGAGUCGCAUUAGUACUUUAAGUUACGGUGCAUCUAGUGCUUAUGUCACAGCUACUAUCACAAUGCCGGGGAAAAUAAAAGUGAGGAUAUUGUCGGGAAGAAAUCUUCCUGUCAUGGACCGUUCGAGUGACACAACUGAUGCAUAUGUUGAGAUAAAAUUUGGAAAUACAACAUACAAAACGGAUGUUUGUCGAAAAUCAUUGAAUCCACAGUGGAAUUCAGAGUGGUACAGAUUUGAAGUUGACGAUUCAGAAUUGCAAGAUGAACCUUUACAAAUUAAAUUAAUGGAUCAUGAUACUUAUUCUGCAAACGAUGCAAUUGGCAAAGUAUACGUUAACUUGAAUCCUUUACUUUUACCUGGAGUUCCGCCACCAGUAAAAAAUAUUUGGACUCUGGAGGCAACAAUGAAUUCCAGUAUUGGAGCUCAAGGAGGAUCUGUAAUGACUGGUUGGGUUCCAGUAUUUGACACAAUGCAUGGCAUUCGUGGAGAAGUAAAUAUUAUCGUUAAGGUUGAAUUAUUUCUAGAUUUUAAUAAAUUUAGACAAUCUUCUUGCGGUGUACAAUUUUUUUAUUCUCCUAAUAUUCCGUUCGGUUAUCAUGCCCAAGUGGUACAUGGAUUUGUUGAAGAAUUAAUAGUUAGUGAUGAUCCGGAAUAUAAAUGGAUUGACAAAAUACGAACACCGAGAGCGUCAAAUGAGGCCCGACAAACAUUAUUCUUUAAACUCAGUGGAGAAGUUCAGCGAAAAAUUGGACUGAAAGCCUUGGAUCUCGGUGGAAAUGCUGUCAUAGGUUAUCUACAAAAUUUUGAUUUGGAAGGAGAAUCCGGAAUUGUUGCUCGUGGUAUUGGAACGGCCGUUACUUUAGUAAAAGUGCAAGAAACACCAAAUGUUUUACCCGAAGGCACAACUGUUGAAGAGCAACAGGAUGAGAAUUCGACGAGUCCAGUGCACGCGAAUAUCAACAAUUCAUUGAUGGGAAAAUCAUCGCAAUCAAAUAAUGCAAAAGCAAAUACUACCAUUCCUCUGCACAGGCGAUCAAGUGAUUCCGAUCUUAGUAUUACUCCAAAAGGUAAUUCAUUAGCCAGUAGUGAUAAAUCUAUGGGAGGAUAUUUAAAACCAACGACAGCAAUUCGAACAAUGAAUCAAGAUGCUUCCGAUAUGUUGGAAUAUCCAUUUCUAACAAUGCAACAAUAUCCACCUGGAUUUAUUUUACACAUUGGUGGAUUAGUGAGUGCAAGAUCAGUUAAAUUAUUGGAAAGAAUAUCCAAUUUAGAAGAACCGGAAGGUCGAGAUGCUUGGUGGACAGAAAUUAGAAUGGAGGUUCGUUCCCACGCAAGAGCCUUAGCUUGUAAUGUUGUUAUUGGUUAUCGGGAAGAAACAAGCAUCAGUGACGAUGUAUGUGUACUAAAUGCAUCGGGAACAGCCGCAGUAAUUAAUCUUCACAAUAUAAAUCAGGAUUUGGAUAAUUCUCUUGUGAAUCGACCACAACAGGGAAUGGCAGCCUCAAUUGAUUCGGAUCGUGAAAAAAUCCAGCAAAAAGGAAACACAAAGAGCGAUAAAAAUGACAAUGAAACACCAAUGACGAAUCAGACACAAUUGGGAAAAAUAAAGAGAACAUCUGAAAGUAACGAUCACGAGAUUCCCUAUAGUCUUCCCCUGAGUAAUUGCAGUCUCUGUCAUUUGCCCUACAGCGAAUCAAGUGUACCAUUUAAAGUGAAUGCAACAAAAUGUGCCGUUUGUCGACGGGCAAAAGUUCCCGAUGUUCUUUUCACAACAAUCGAAUUGCCGGAUAAUGUUCCCGUGACUGGUCGUGGUUGUUUCAUACAGGCGAUAGUUUGCAAAUGUAAAAAAGACCUACGCGGUGAAUUGAAUGCAAAGGAAAUUUCUGAUUGUCUCCCAUUUCUCGAAUACGAAUUACACAGUUUAUUGUUGAAUAAACUAAAAGUGAAAGGAAUGAAUUCAAUUUUUGGACUUAAGGUACAAGUUUCGGUUGGUGAGCGUUUAAUUAUUGGUAUGGCUAUUGGUACCGGUGUUUUUUUAACAUCACUGCCCACACCGUCACUGCCGCGAAUUGCUUCUGGUAAUUCUUGGAACAAUGAAGAACAACUUAACGAAAUUCAAAAGAAUCUUGUGGAAACUGUAAAAAAGAAUAGAGAAUUUUAUAAACUCAAAAGUACAGAUACUGAUAAUGGAAGAUCGAGAUCUGACACUGACGAGUCGGACGAUGAUCUUCCGGAUAUGGAUUUAAGUUUAGGAACAAAAGACGCUUGCGUUUUGGAAGUGGACGACGUUGAGGAUAUGGAUAGAAUUUGUUUAUUGAUGGAUGAUACUCCGCCAGACGAUUUUCACGUUGUUAAUACGCAAUCAAUUCCUGGACUAGAGGAUCUUGAAAUUGUUAGAAAUUUACAGAUGUUCACUCAAGUGUCAAGAGCAAAAAUACCAUCUGGUCAAUUUGGUUCUAUGCCUUCAAAAUAUUUCGCCCGAUUACUUCAGACUGUGUAUUUCAAAUUGCGACGAAUGGUUCCUUGUGCCCUUUGCGAUAUGAAAUUUAGAGUUGCUCUUCCUGAACAAGAUGAAAUACAAUUGUCGGUUGUUGGAAUGGCUCUAGGCCUUGGAGAAUCUUCGAAAUAUUCGAAGCACAAAAGAAAGCAUAUGACCUAUUCAUCAAGUAAAGAUCAAUUGAAAAAAUCGGACGAUUAUGAUAUGAUUUUCACGCUUGAUGAAGACGUGGCGGAAAAUGUAACAACCACCACUACAGAAACUGCAAUAAAUCCACCAAAUUCGCUUGUUUCGACUCAAAAAUCGAGGCCACGCUCACCAUUGAGAACAAAAUCACACACAUCCCACAAACAUAAACACGUACCUUUAAAAGAACGAUACGGAGUUGAUAUAACGCCACUUUCUUAUUUACCCGGAGGGAGAAUCGAGAGAUAUCUGGGGAAUCUAAAUUUCUUUUUUAUUAGAGAAAGCACGUCCAUUCGAGAAAAUGGCGGAAUUAGUGGAUUUACCCACAGCUUUGUUAAUGAAGUUUUGGCUAUUGUUCGAGCCCACGUAACAACAUUGGGUGGAAAUGCAAUGGUCGCAUUUUUUAUGACGCAAUGCGUACUCCUUCACACCCCACACAAAAAUCACGGACAGUGUCUAAUUAACGUUGGCGGUGACGUUGUUUCCGUUUCAUAUUUCGGAGAUGAAAGACAAAUUGGAAAUACGAUUUGCUGACCUCAACCACCUCAUUCAGCACCACCAUAGCCAAUAAAUUUAUUGAAUCGUGGAAUUUUUCAUUUUUCAACAAAACUCAUUUCUAUGGUGAACUGAAAUUCAAAUGGAGGAACAAAAUUUCCGUCAUCAGUUGUAUAUCUUCGAUUUUUUUUUUUGGAAAGAUUUUCCCAAAAGGAGUUGAAAAUUUUCCAAAUCAAAUAGAAUUUGUUCUUUUAGUGAAUUUUUUUUUUAUUUUUUACUACAAAACUAGAAUUAGUGAUGCAUGUAGAAAUUUUUUUAUUGAGAAAAAAAAAUGAAAAUAUUUUCGUUUAUUUUCAUUUUUAUUUUUCAUGUGAUUCUUUGUUUUGUAUUAUUUUUUUAUUAAGGCUCUCUUAAAGUGCACCACUAAUUAUUCUCUCUGUGUUUCAUUGUUGUUAUUAAUAGAGAAACUGCGUAGGAGCCUAUCAUGACCUUUUAUAUUAAUUUGAAAAUUCGUCUGACUUUUGAUUUUAUAAUUUUCUUUUAAUAAUACAAACAAUAAUAGAGUCGUAAAUUAUUAAUAGUUUAUUAAUAAUGUAAUUAUUAUUCAAUUCUCUAUUAAUUAUUAAUAGUUACAACGUUAAUAUGAAUAAUAAUUAUUGAUUAUAAAUUAAUUGACCCAAAUUCGAAGAACACAUUAAUUAGGUUAGACUUUUAUUAAUUAGUCAAUUAGUUAAUUAGUUUUAGUUAAUUAAUUCAAAAAUAUAUUAGUUUAUUAAUUAGUUUUAAAAAAGUUAGUUUGCUAUAAAUCUUUACCUUUUUUUAAAUUUAAAAAAAAAUUUAUUUUUAAAAAAACCAUAAAAUGUAUCAAAUUUCUAUAGUUUACUUUGUCAGAUAAUCAAUGAAAUUUUCAAAGUGCCAAUUUGGAUAUUACAUAAAAGGCUGAAUUUGUGAGAAACUUUUGCAAUGCAAAAAUUAUUUCUGCCAGGAAAAAAAUAUUUCUUCACAAAUAAGUUAUACAAAAAAAUAAUAUUCAGAGUGAGAGGAAAAUAAUCUUUUUCCUAUUUUGCAAAAUUUUCUGUUUUAGAUAUUUUAAAAUAUAUUUACAAAUAAUAUUUCUGUAUAUAAAUAUUAA